AUGCCGCCGAAGCUGAAACCCGCCAUCAUCCAGAGCAAGUAUGAGCCGGGCGUGUUCUUCGUUCACGGCCAGCAGUGGCGCGUGCCGGAGCGUUACAAGCUGGAGCGCGUCCUCGGCACGGGGUCGUACAGCAGCGUCUGCCUCGCGCUCGACCGCGCCACCGGCCGCCACGUGGCCCUCAAGCGCAUCCCCAACGUCCUGGCGUCGUGCGAACAGGCGCGCCGGGUCGUGCGCGAAGUCUGCAUCCUCCGCAGGCUCUCGCACCCGCACAUCGUGGGCCUCCACGACACCUUCGUCCAGGAGGCCUCCACGGGCGCGUGCCACAUGGUCGACGGCAAGCUCGUGUGCGAGUCGCUCGACCUGUUUGUCGCCAUGGAGGCGUGUCCCGACGGGGACCUGUUCGAAAUGCAGGGGCAGCUCCCGGACGUCACGAUCCGCGUCCUGAUGCACCAGCUCCUCAGCGCGGUCGCGUACCUGCACGACCGCGACGUGUGGCACCGCGACAUCAAGUCGGCCAACUGCCUGAUCAAGCGCGCCGGCGACGGGCGGCCGCUCGUGAAGCUGUGCGACUUCGGCAGCGCGCGCCACGCGAUCCCGCGCGGACACCACGAGAAGCCCCCCGCGGGCCCGCCCGAGGCCGGCGCGGGCAAGUCGGCCCUGACGCGCAACCUCACGCGCCUCAACAAGGGCAGCCUGUUCACGAACGCGCCGUUCGAGGCGCCCCUGACGUGCACCGUGGCCACGCCGUGCUACCGCGCGCCCGAGGUGGUCAUGUCGCGCGGCGGGUACGACGCCGCGGUGGACAUCUGGGCCGUGGGGUGUAUCUUCGCGGAGCUCCUGAUGCGCCUCGACCGCGUCGGACAGGCCGCGGUGCCGGGCCUCAAGGUCCAGCCGCUCUUCGCGAUCUACGGCGAGUACGGCGAGCCGCCGACGCCGUCGCCGAACCACGCGACCUUCGGCAGCGACCAGGACGACUCGACGACGCGCCGGGAACUCAACGCGCUGUUCGACGUCAUCGGGACGCCCGCGUGGGCGUGCAUCGAGAACAUCUCCGACGAGAACUGGCGGCGCUACCUCCACCGCCUCCCCGGCCGCGCGCCGACGCUGUACCGGCGGUUCAGCCACGCGGGGGAGCCUGCGGUGGACCUCCUGUCGCGCAUGCUCGCGUUCGAUCCGUCGCGGCGGUGCUCCGCGGAGGAGGCGCUGCGGCACGAGUACUUCGCGCCCGUGCGCGCGCAGGCCACGCCGCGGGCGUCCGUGCGGGAGGCCGCCGCGGCGAGCGCCGCGCAGCCCAUCGCCGGCGCGGGCGGGAAGCGCGCGGCGCCCCCGAGCCGGAACGCGUCGUUCCUCGCGAGCGAGCACAGGGCCUCGCGCGGCAAGAUCGCGCGCACGGGCGGCUGCUCCGGCGACGACGACGUCGACGUCGACGACCCGCACCUGAACACGGAGGGCCUCCGGGGGUCUCUCGAGAGCAUGGCCCUCGACGGCGACCUCCCCGGGGGCCCGCUGCAGCGCGCCGCGUCGUACCUGGACGAGCCCGACGCCGCGCGCGCCAUCAGCCUGCUCGAGGGGGAGAUCGAGCGGCACGUCGACGACAAGGCGCACCUGCGGGCGCUGCUGGUGCAGGAGUGCGAGCGGUUCGCGGAGGGCGGGCGCGGGGGCGGCGCGGGGCGCGCGGACGCGGGCGGCGCGGAGAGCGGCGACGAGGAGAUGGAGGGCGGGCGCGGGCAGGCGGGGGGCGGCGCGUGGCCGGAGUGGGGCUGGGCCAGCAAGGGGGGUCUCGAGGAGGACUCCGGCAAGGCGGGGGACUGCGGGGAGGGCGCGGGGCAGCGGCGCGUGGGCGGGCGGGACCGGCUGGCUGCGGAGGGGCAUCUGGAGGACGGGCGGCACCGGGAGUGGGGCCUGAUGCGCGGGGGCGGGUGGACGAUGGAGGCGGCGCGGACGGCGCAGGCGACGGACGGGGCGCGGUGGGGCGUGACGUCGGUGCCGCCCGGGUGCGACGCGGGCGACGCGGCGGCGUACAACAAGGUCAUGUCGUCGCAGCACGCGCGGUAG